CUUUACUUUAUCAGUGCAAUGCUUUCGUUUCAGACGAAUAAACGAGACAGAGUGCGCCACUCUUUCCACAGCAGACAUUUGCGCUGUUUUACAGCUGACAAUUAAGCGAGUUUUUAAAGGCAGUGCCAGCUCAUCGGAAUAAAGGCGAAAAUGAGAAACGGAUUACUAUUAUUGAUUGCACUUUUCAUUGCUGCAACAGCUCUCACCUCUGGUCAAUAUGGUGCAAAUAUUACACCCAGCCAUGUGAAUUCAACCACAGCCAAUUCUAAAAGCUCUGCAACAACAGUCCCUGUCUCAAACACCACAACUGUAAACCCCAAUACGACGACUACUCCAAACGUAACAACAACCCCUGCCCCAAACACCACAACUGUAAACCCCAAUACGACGACUACUCCAAACGUAACAACAACCCCUGCCCCAAACACCACAACUGUAAACCCCAAUACGACGACUACUCCAAACGUAACAACAACCCCUGCCCCAAACACCACAACUGUAAACCCCAAUACGACGACUACUCCAAACGUAACAACAACCCCUGCCCCAAACACCACAACUGCAGCACCUACCUCUGCACCAGUGCCAACACCCUCAACCAAACUCACUGUAGGGAAUUAUAAUAUUAGUGACAAAAAUGGCAAUCUGUGUUUUCUGGCUCACAUGGCAAUCGAGAUCCGUGUGAACAUCAACCAGGUUAAUGGCACAUUCAUUGUUCAGCCACACCAAACCAAUGCCAACGGGAGCUGUGGUGAAAACGUGGCUGAAAUCGUUCUCAGUUUCAAUCAGGGCAACAUUGCCCUGAAAUUUAGAAAUAAUGCCACGUCAAAAAUGGUCUAUGCCGAGACUUUGGAGUAUGACUUGACCUAUGCUUUUAAAUCUGGAGUGGCAAGCACUUUCAGUGGGAAGAAUGAAUCUCUUUGGCUGUUUGCCGCGGCUGCGGGUCAUUCGUACUCCUGCAAGGCUGAGACAGUGAACAUGGGGAGCGGUGUGUAUCUGGAUCUCUCCAGUAACAGGAUUCAGGCCUACAACUUAAAGAACAAUAACUUCGGCACCCCUGAUCUGUGCAAGGCUGAUCAGCCUGACUACCGUGUUCCCAUCGCUGUGGGCGUCAUCCUCAUCAUCCUCAUCGUCAUUGUAGUCCUUGCUUAUCUUAUCAGCAGGAAACGGAGGACUGAUGGGUACCAGUCUCUAUAAAGGCCAGCAAGCCCUCACUUAUGGGAAGUACCACAAGCAAUUCCAGUUCACAGGAAUGUUUAUGCUAUAAUGUAUGUCUUAAGUGAAUGUUACUGAUGAACAGGGAUGGCCUCGGAUUUUUCCAAGCAAAGUUUUCUAAGUGAAAUGCAGACAUGCCACAUCCUAGCACCAGCUGCUGUUGCCAUCAAGAUUUAUUUAUUACUAAGAUCAUAAUACAUCCAGACAAUAAAUGGCUCCCUUAGUACAUACUAUAUUUGGCCCACUUUCAAGAACUAAUCACCUUUUUAAAGAACCUAAUGUAAUCACAUUUUAAACUGACUUUACAAAGGGAUGUUAAUUAUCAACUGUUGCUUAAAUGUAAGUGUAAGUGCUCUUUUCUGUGUUUUGCACAUCUACUGUACUUUCUGUCCUGAACAAUAUUAAUUUGAUAAAUAUGUGCAUUAGUGUUUUCAAAGAGGCUUUAAAACAUGAAGCAAAAAUCCACAGGGCUACAUCAAAGGGAAAUAUGGUCUUAUAUAUGUACUUUCUAACUAACAACAGAAAGGUUUUUUUGAGCAAGUGCAACCCUGUUUUCAUUGUGCACUAAGAAGUAUAGUUUUUUUUUUUUUGCCUUUUUUUUUUCUGUUGUCAGACUGAAGAGAUUUACUGUCCUGUAUUUUAAACAGAAGCUUUCACUUAAGCUGAGCCUUAAAAUACAGAAAUGCUCUCAUUAAUUUUAUUUAAUUUAGUUUGCAAAUAAUAAAAUCCCUAAGGAAGACAUCACUGAGUUUUUAUUUAAUAUGUAGCAAAAAAAAAAAAAAAAAAACAUUGUCAUGGUAAUGCAUGUUGAAAUUCCACAUCAGACAUUUCAGAUGCCUUCAUCAUUAGCAUGUUAAUUACAUUUACAUUUAUUCAUUUUGCAGAUGUUUUUAAAUCAACUUACAAUGCUUUCAAGGUAUACUUUUUAUCUGCAUGUGUGUUCCCUGGGAAUAAAUCUAUGUGAUUGAAAACUUA